GCAGCACAGCACGAUACCCAUCGGAUGUCGAAGCAAACAUUGCCGCGUUGAAGAUAAAGCAUUCCGCUUUUCAGUAUGGCAAACGGAGCGCUUGUCCCUGCCUUUUUUGGGCCGAUUGAAAAUCUUAGUGCCGAAGACCGUAUCGAGCAAAUCCAGCGUGAGCGGGCCGAGAUUGUACGAUGGAAGCAUCGGUACCAGAAGAUAGAUGCUAUUAAGCCGGGAGAAACUGCAGAAGCUUUCCAAAUACGAUGUUUGAACAAAAGGUUGAUUCAUUUAGAGCGUGAAAAAGCUCAAAAAGAGCUAAAACUUAAAAUUUUCAAUGCUCCCGUAUAUCGUCGGGAGGCCGAAAAUCUGCGCCGCUACAUCCUCCGGAUGCUGGACGAUGCCGUACGGUACGAAAGACAAAUCGAAGCUGCCAAGACUGACACGAAUGAGCUGUUGUCGCAGAUUAAGCGCGCAAACGCUGAGCUAGAAUGCGCCACCAAAGCAGUUCCCUCGGAUUACGUUUACCGCGUAGCGCUGGAGAAAUCACGCACCGAGCUUGCUGCCUUGGAGAGCCGGCUUGAUAAUGCGCGCAAGCUGGAAGGCAAACUGCAUGCCGAAAAUCGGAAGCAUCGCAAUGAGAUCGAUAACAUGCUCGGCGAGCGCAAGUUGUAUAACCAGCAGUGGCAGCAGUAUGUGCGAGAGUUGAACCGGAAUAGGAAGUUUUUGCUCGACAUGAUUGAGCGCGCUACGCUGGCGUUUAAUCAAGGUGAGGAUCUGUGCCAUCGGAUCGAUUCGCUAAAAGUCCAGGAAUCCCGAGACAAGCGGGCACGAACGCAGGAGAUGAUCGAGGUGGAACGGCAGAUCGUUGGCACGCGGCAUGUUAAUGAGUUCUUACGGACAAAGGGCUACAAAAGGGCGAUCGCCGAGCUGGACCCAAGUUUGGUUCGGAAGCGCAAUCGCUUCAAAAUGGCUAACUGGGAAAAGAUCGAUCGGUUUGGCGCCGUCAUUAACAGUACCAUGGAAUAUUUGCAGCUUGACGCCAUCCAGGAUGUUCUAUUUCAAAUCGAAAAACAGCAGGACAAGUAUACAGCGUUGUUCCGGUAUUUGAAUGUAACGAAUGCAAAGAUUGAGGAGGCGAAUGGGAUCGCCCGAGAUCUGGAGAAAGAUAGCGAGCGUUUGCAGGAGGGAGAGAAACGCAAAAGGCUUUCCGAAGAGCGGUCAGUGAAGCAAGACUUGCAAGAGUUGCUGGAAGCUAAGCGGCACUCGACGAAGCUGCAGGAGGAGGUUUGUCUGCAGCAGGAAGAACUUGCGGUAAAGCUCGGAGUGAUCGAACAGGCGCUGUCGUUGGUAGGGUUUGAGCGAACAAAAAUACAGCAGCUAAUGGGAGGUUCUACCAGUUCCACUUACGACCGAUUGACAAACGAGUGCUUAAUGGAUGCGCUGUCUGCCAUUGAGCGGAAGGUGUUGGCGCUGGUUAAAAUGAGUGCAACUGGAGCGGCAGUAGAAGAGGACACCCCAAUUAGCACCCUGUAUGGCAGUCAGCAGUGUGCGGAAUGUGCCGAGGGACAAGACGUGAAUCAGCACGACGAGCGUAUAGUGUUGCCGACGGAACACCAGCAGCUGGCAGAGAAUGUGCGAAAACGCGUAACAGCGCCAGAGAUGCAGUACCGGUUGCAUACACUGAGCCAGUGCAAACUUCCCCGCUCUCGGAUGCUGGUUAACAAGCGAUAUCAGUAGA